GUCGUUUGAUUGACGCCUCGACAGCGUCUUUCCAACAAUGGUGAUUAAAUUGAGCUUCGUCGAAGGUUGUCAAACUCGAAGUCAUCAAGAAAAUGGCCCUGCCACAUUCUUCCGUCAACCAAAGGAUAUCUUUCGACGAAUGGAAAAAGAUUUUUCCAGAGAAAAAACUUUUGCAAACUUCCCGUCUAUGCUGGAAGCAUUUUGCUGAAGAAGACAUCGUUAAAUGGAAAAUGAUAGGAGAAGAAUUUGUCCACCAGAAACGAUGGCGCCUUAAAAAAGGAGCUAAGCCAAAGCAUCUUCUAGACACUGCUCCAAGAACAAGAAAUAUUCGUCAACCACUGACACCUUUGAGUACAAAUCAAGUUGUGAAGAAGAAACGUUAUUUAAGAUCGAAGACAAUUACUUCAAUUUUAGUUUCCCAUGUAGAGAACCUUGUGCUGUUCUCUCAAAUAAUAGCACCACACAAUGUAGCUCAAAUCCAAUUGAGGUGAUGGAAAAGGAAAUUUACUUGUCUGAACAGUCAGUUGGAUUGAUUGGUAAACCAUUUCUAUGAGAUGAUCAAAUUUCUUACACGUUGUCUAAUAGGUGCCCAACAUCUAGAUUCUGACGAGUCAUUGCCACUUGACUCUGCAAACAUUUCUAUUUUAGUUCUGAGACAGAAAGCCAAGAUAUUAAUCUUCAUCCAAACGGAAAGGAUUACUAUUCGAUUAUCCAAGAAGGUACAGUAUGUUAAAUUACAACUUGACUCCCCCAGUGGAUCUCAUUUCAUAAAUCUUAAUUGAUUGCGAUUUAGAUAGAAGUACAGACUCCACGCUACCUAGCCCACAUACGAUAGAACUAAAUGGUCAUUCAACAGCUGAUGUGUCUUUUUAUGAGUAAGUUAACCUGGCUUAGGCUUCUGUUGGAUGUAAUGGUAUAUGCAUCUUGUCGACGUUAACUUCAUGGUAACUGUUCCAACAAAAAAAAAAUUUUACGAUCUAGUUGAAGAAUUCUGCCAUAGAUGCACUUGCCUUUCAACCUUUACAAAAGAAUGUGAACCUUCCAUCUAACUCUUGGAACUGGAAUUAAUCAACAACAAGGUUGUCCUUCCACGUUGGGGGUAAACUAAUUUCACUGCCAAAUGGCAAACGUAGCUAUCACGACUAUGAUGAACUAAGUGGUUUUAUCAAACCCUCGACCGCCAGAAUGUGUGAAAAAGAAAUCGCGAAUUCUUUUUUAGGGUACGUUACGGAAAAAUUCGCUAUUUCAAGGGAUAUGUUUGAUACGAUGAUAUUGUAAUA